AUGUCGAUGGAUCUUGAUGACCAGCCUAUUUCCAUCGCCCCUGUCUCUCAGCAGCAGGGCGCUGCGACUAUUCUCUGCUGCAACUGCGGCGCCCCUAUCGAUGGAACGACUUCCGCCGGCGCCCUCUGCUACGACUGCAUCAAGCUCACCGUCGACAUCUCCCAGGGCGUCCAGCGCGAGGCCACCCUCAACUUCUGCCGAGACUGCGACCGAUGGCUCAUGCCCCCCACCAGCUGGAUCGUGGCCGCCCCCGAGUCCCGAGAGCUGCUGGCCCUGUGCCUCAAGAAGCUGCGCGGCCUGAACAAGGUCCGCAUCGUCGACGCGAGCUUUGUCUGGACCGAGCCGCACUCGCGCCGUAUCAAGGUCAAGCUCACCAUCCAGGACGCCGUCCAGGAUGGCAUGCUCCUCCAGCAGAGCUUCGAGGUGGUCUACGUCGUGGCCUACCAGCAGUGCCCUGAGUGCGCCAAGUCGUACACGGCCAACGUCUGGCGAGCAGCCGUCCAGGUCCGCCAAAAGGUCCUCCACAAGCGAACCUUUUUGUUCCUCGAGCAGCUGAUCAUGAAGCACGGCGCCCACCGGGAUACCCUCAACAUCAAGGAGGCCAAGGACGGCAUCGACUUUUUCUUUUCCCAGAAGAACCAGGCUGAGAAGUUUAUUGAUUUCCUCAACUCUGUUGUUCCCGUCAAGGUGAAGGCGUCUCAGGAGCUCAUCUCUCACGAUGUCCACACCUCCAAGACGUCCUACAAGUUCACAUACUCGGCCGAGUUGGUGCCUAUAUGCAAAGACGACUUGGUCGCUAUGCCCAUCAAGAUGGCCAAGCAGAACGGCAACGUCUCCCCUCUCCUCCUCUGCCACAGGAUCGGCACCUCGGUCUACCUUUUGGACCCCCAGACCCUUCAGACAUGCGACGUCAGCUCACCAAUCUACUGGCGUGCUCCUUUCCUGUCUCUCGCCGAUACACACGAGCUCGUCGAGUUCAUCGUCAUGGAUAUUGAGCCUACCAUGACUCAGAAGGGCAAGUGGACGCUUGCCGAAGCCACAGUUGCCCGAGCCUCUGAUCUCGGCCACAAUGACCGAACAUAUUUCACAAGGACACACCUGGGCCGACUCCUCCAGCCUGGUGACUCGGCCAUGGGUUACCUACUGUCCGGUACCGUCUUCAACAACACAGAAUACGAGGCUAUCGAGGCCUCCAACCAGUAUGGGUCGACAAUUCCCGACGUGGUGCUGGUCAAGAAGCACUAUCCCCGCCGCCGGAAGAACCGCAAGAGAAACUGGAAGCUCAAGCGCAUGGACAAGGACGAGGGAGAGCUUCUUCCCAAGAAGGCCGACCAGGACCGCAUGGACCGAGAGUACGAGCAGUUCUUGCGGGAUGUGGAGGAAGACGAGGAGCUCCGUGCCACGCUCGCCUUGUACAAGUCUAAGAAGAAGACAGAGGAGGAGAUGAGCAUAGCAGAGACGGAGGAGGGCGAUGAUGAGGCGCCGCAUGUUGAUAUGGAUGAGUUGCUGGACGACUUUGAUGAGCUUACGAUGGAGGAUCGGCAAAUGCAUGGUUAG